AUGAAGUUCGCUAUCGCCGCCGCUCUCUUCACCCUGGCCACUGCCCAGACCGUCAACGACAUCCCCUCGUGCGCCAUGCCCUGCCUCAACGAGGCCAUCACGUCCAAGACCUCGUGCCAGACCACCGACAUUCCCUGCGUCUGCAAGAACAUUGCUGCCGUCCAGGGUGCCGCCACCGCUUGCGUCAUCAAGGCCUGCGGUUCCGACGUUGCCAUCAACAAGGUCGUCCCCGCCGCCGAGGCUCUCUGCAAGGCUAACUCGGGCUCGUCUUCCGCCUCUGGCUCUGCUACCGGCUCCUCCGGCUCCAGCUCGCGCUCCGCCUCCACCGGAAGCAGCUCCGGCUCGGUCGCUACGACCACGGCCGCGGCCACCACCGCCAUGGCCAUGACCACCAUGAUGACCAGCAUCCCCUGCGUGUCCAGCACCAUGGGCUCCAUGACCGCCGCUGGCAACCAGACCUACCCCACCUCGGUGCCCGUCGCCGCCGGUGCUGCUGGUCUCUCGGCCGGUUUCGCCGCCAUUGCCCUUGCUGUCCUCGCUCUGUAA